UCAUAGAAUAAAAAGCAGGCCGUUGCCUCUCGACGUAAAUUUCAGUUGAAAAUUUGAAAGCGAAUUGGUCAUCCAAAGGUGCUGCCGAGACAUCCUUGUUAAGGCUCAGAAGGGCUCACUUGCUGCUUGAUACCAGCGAUUACAUCUGUUGUGCACCUAAAGAGAGAAUUGACCAGAAGCACUUGACGAGACGCAUUGAAUAUUAAGCAAAAUGCCAGCGGGUCGCGUGGCCGGAAAGGCCGGCUACUCCAAUCACUAUUACAACGGACGCUCAUACGUUGGCAUCAAUGAAGAAAUCAUGUGGGUCAGCAUUGGCAUGGGUGUAACUAUCGCCCUGCUCAUAACGAUUGCGCUGUGCUAUAUUGCGAGGGAGAAGUGCCAGAAGCGUCAGCGGGAAUAUUACGUGACCGCAUAGUUAAUGUAUGUUGCCUGCCACACACACCGAGCGGGGAGCGCGGAAGAAGGCAGAACGCACUGCAUCCUCCAAAUGGAUGUGGGUGUAGAAAAAAUGAAUAAACUGGAUGCCCUCUCAAUCACAGCGGCUCUGGCAAUGGCGCCCCAAGCAGCAGUAGCAGCAGCAGCAGCAGUCAACACUGACCCCUGGCAAGGACUAAGACUAGGACUAAGACAAGGAGCAGGACAACAACCAGAAGAAAAUGCAGAACCAGAACCACAAGCGGAAUCAGCCGUCACUAUCAUGAAUUGGACUGUUGUUGACGUUAGCGGUGCUCGCAGUUGGGGCUAACCGAAAGAAAACAUAACCCACCCACCAUCUGAAGAAAAUACCCACAGCGUACAUACCCACACACAUACACACACAUCCACACGCACACACAAUGAAUGCAUGGCAUUUCGACUUUUUUUUUCUUGUUGAUGUAAUCAAAAGUUUGUUGUAAGCAUGUAGAGCAGCCUUGCAGCUGUAUUACUUUAAAGUGAAAUUGUUACUUAAAGUUCCCAUACAUAGAUGUAUUUAUAUAUAUAAAUAAAUGGCAAAAACUUUA